ACAUUUUCAUAUUUUAACUUGAUAAAAUGUGCUAUCGGAUUUACUAAUUAUAAAUUAAAGUUUAAGAUUAGGUUAGGCCUCAUAAAGUUAAAAAAAUUUGUUCUAAGCCAUCGUGAUCCUUUGCAUUUUAUGAUUGUAAUUUAUGUUAAUUGUCGAAGUUCUGCGGUAAUUUAAUUCGUCCUUGACUCAGGAUUGGCGCCACAUUGAAAAAAAAUAAGGGAUCCUUAUUUGUGUAGAACAAGAAAUAUUUGUGUUUUGGUACAAACGACGUUAGGGACGAAAUUUCGCUAUUUGAGGCGUUUCUACAUUGAUGUCAGCGACGUUUGCGAGAACAAACGGCCCUAGGCCGCCACCCACGCCGCAGCAGAUUCAAAAGCUGCUUGACGAAAAUGGGCACUUGAUCCAAACUAUCCAGGAGUAUCAGAGCAAGGGCAAAUCACAAGAAGUAAUGCAGUAUCAGACUCAGUUACACAGAAAUUUGGUUUGCCUGGCUACUUUAGCCGACUCUGCUCAAAACGUUAACUCUUUAUUACCUAUGAUUCAAAAUCCCAGUACAUCAGGACCUGGCGGACCUCCGCCCCCUCAGCCUACUCAUGGACCGCAGGCGCCACCUGCUCCGGACCAACCACACAUGAACAACUAUAAUCACCAGCAACAACAGCCUCCAGGUGGUCCUUAUAGGCAGCCUCCUGGUCCCCAAAGGCCUGGUGUUCCAGCGCCUCACGCAUACCCUCAAAGAGGUUAUCCACAAGGUCAAUACCCGAAUCAGUACCCUCCUCAGGGUCAGGGCUAUCCUCAGGGGCAGUACCCGCCACCCAAUCAAGCACCGGUCUACCCGCCCAACACUCAGGGCGGUUACGGGCAGCCGCCUCCAACGACGGCCCACAAUAACUACCAGCAGUCUGCGUACCCGACUCCGCCCCCCACUAACACACCACCACAGGCGGCUUCAGCUCCUUACCCGCCUCCAGCUGCUGGUCCGCCACAGUCACAACCAAGUAAUUACGGCACCCCUCCAAACGGCGCUCCUUAUCCAGGCGGCACUCCUCCUCAAAACUAUCCUCCCCAGCAGGGUUAUCCUCCCCAACAGAAUUACGCCCCGCCACCGUCUUCUCAACAGCAACAGCCGCCUGCGCAACCACCACAGCCUCCCUAUGCCAACCAACCUCCAUCUGCGCCGCCUCAAAAUUAUGGCAGUAGCGCCGCGCAAUCUCCGCCCUAUUCGGCUCCACCCACUAACAACCCGAGUCCUGCAGCGACCUCAGCGGCUCCCGGAGGUUUGAGCGGAGGAGGUCCUCCACCGACAUCGCAGCCAUACCAGCCUCCAUACAAUCCAAACUCUCAAGGGACUCCCAACCCUAAUGCGGGAUACACUCCUCCUCCGACUCAGUACACAUAUGGUCCUCCAAACAAUGCGGGGUAUCCUCCGCAGCAGUAUCCUCCGCAGCCCCAGUACUCACAGCAACCACAAGGGUACCAGUAUCCAAGACCACCCACCAGUCAAGGACCACCUGGUCCUCCUCCUCAGGGUCAGUACGGCUACAACUAUCCACCGCAGCCGAAUCCCCAGUAAUUUGUUGCCACUCUUAGUACACAGAGUGUCGCGAAAUUACUCGCCAAUAUUUAUUUCACCCCCUAAAUAAGAGAUAAAAGAUAAAAAAUUGACGCCUAAUUUCGGAACACCCUGUAUAAAUUCAAUAAUCAGGUAAAAAAAUAUAGCUAUUACUUUUUAUAAAACUUCUGGAUGCCCCCUGCAUCUGUUUUUGCUGCGUCGAACUUGCUGACGUUGCGCCAAUCGUCCUAUUGGCUUCUUCAGAACUGACUGAAACUGCCUCAUAUUU